GCGAGAUAUUAGGACGCGACAUGAUCGCUCGAUGUAUCGAAGCGAUCACAUUUCAGGAAGCAUGGAGAAGAUAUGACGACUACGAGCCGAUCAGUGAGCUUAUACUGGAAGCCCUCACUUCAUCAUUCGCACACAUCCACGAGCUCCCGAGAUUCAGGACCCUCGAAUUGUUAUUUGUUGCGACACGCUACACAUCGCGCGGGAAUUCCCCAUGUGUCCAGUGGACCAUCCUCUCUGCAAUAUCCAGCCAAACACCCUCACCUUCUCUGACCUCCCUCACCAUUGACAACUUAGCUCCAUUGUACCACCCCAUUUACAAUUCCCCUUCGUUUAGUGGUCUUUUUCGUUCGCUGACCAGUCUCUCCGUCACGACGGCUUAUGACGAUGUCUUCAGCACGCAUGACCACUAUCGGAGCUUCUUUGUCAAAUUUUGGGAGAAAGCCAUCCAAGAUCGUAUGCUUGGCUCUCUCUCUCACUCCCUCACCACGCUCAUGCUGCAAGGCCAAGUAGACGUCGGUGUUAUGCCCAGGCUUGAUUUUUCGCAGGUCAAAUUUCCCGCGCUAGAAGCCCUCUCAUUGCAAAAAAUAUUGUUCAACGAAGAAACGCGUAUCGAGAAUUUCAUUGUACGCCACAAUGGAACUUUGCGGAGACUGUGGCUCGCGGGCUGUGCCAUCGUUGUAGAAGACUUGGAUGAAGUAGCCGCGCGCCAGUGGUCGCAUAUUUGGAAGCACUUUGCACAAGAAAUGAAGGGACUGGUGUCCCUCGUCGUCCGGUCCGAUUCGCUCGAUAGAGAUGGCUUCACCACAGACUCUUUCGGAGAAGACGAUUCAUUAAAAUACGUAGGGCGGAACUGGCAAACUUGGCACUCGUAUGAGCCAUGGGAUGAACGACUGCCAUACGAGGAUGGCGAUCAUCUAGCCCUUAGGGAGCUUCGACGUUCGGUUCGGUUGCAAGCGUUAGAACGGCAGAAGUAUGAGGAAUAAAGGAAAGAGUCGCGCUCAUGGAUAGGAGCGGCUGUGCGCGCGAAGCAGAGGAGUGGAUGUGUGCGACGCGCGCGGCAAGGCCGUCGGUGGCGGCAAGAGUAGCGUAGUCGGGUCCGUCACAUUCCUCUCGCGCCAUUCGUCAGUAGGUUUCAGUGGAGUCGUACGCAGGUAUGGUAUUAGGGUGGAGAGAGCGACGGAAAGAGAGCGAGCGAUAAGAGGGAGGAAUGGUACGGAGCAAAAAGCAAACAUAAAGCAUUGAGUCCAAGCUGCUUGGUUCUCUCUGCGCUGCUCCCCCGGGAAAAUCUCAGCCUUGCAAUUUACUUCACACGUCCUUCUCUC